AUGGCGAAGGAGCUCGCGCCCGGCGCGUCCGUUCCGCAGGAAGACGCACUCCUCGCCUCGUGCGACGACGCAUCUGGGUCGGACCUCGACGGCUCCGCCUCAGGCGCUCUCUCUGCCUCGCCACCGAGCUCGGCACAUGCAGCGCUUGCAGGCAGAGAGGGCGUGGAACCGCGUUCCGCAGACGGUCUCCAAUCUCGAGGAGCGACGCAGCUGGCAGGGACCAAACAUGCGGCGUCGUCUUCGCCUUCCCCGCCCCCGAAGAAACGCCACAUCACACCCAAGGCUCGGCCGAAGAAAAUGCAGGAAAUCCUUCGGAGAACCGAGACCGAGGUCUCCUCUGCUCCCUUCUCCUCGCCGGCUUCUUCCGCUGUCUCCGUUCCUGCGUCUCCGCCAGGCUCAGCCUCCAAACUGGAGCCGCCGGUGUGCCCAGAGUCCACCCUGUGCACGGGGCGAAGCUUCGAAGAGCUCAUGGCUGCGGCCGGAAUCGACAUGUCCCAGCCUCUCCCUCCAGAUUCCUCUUCUCUGUCAGGUGCGCGGGGAGGCGCGACCGGCCGCAGUGGGCUGACCAGGCGCGGGGCGUCGACGACUGGCUCUGUGGCGGGUCCACGGCGAGGCGAGAAGAAAGACGAAAAGCGCGAGAGUGGAGCGAAGGCGAGAGACGCCUCGUCUGGGAGGUUUCCCGCGUCUCGGCCAUCCUCUGCUGUCUCUACAGCUGGUGGCUCGUCUCCCUUGAGUGACAGUCCAGCUUUAACAGCGUCUGAAGGCCACUCCCCCGCGCUUCGUCUCCCGCUGUCCGAGCGCGCGCCAGCAACGCAGGCCCGGAGCGGGGAAGAGAGGGUCGCUAAUCUUCUUGAGCUCUCCAAAGAACCCGGUCGCUUCCCGGAUAUCUCUCCUAGUCCCCGCGUCCUGAACGCGGACGCGUCUGCGCUCGCUCUCCCGGGCAGGGAGUCUCAGUAUGCGCCGGCGUCGCCCCCCGCGUCUCCUUCGUCUUCUCUCGCGUGUUCGUCUUCAGCUCCCGCAUGCGGUUCUGAGCCGUCUUCAUCUUCGCCCACUGCCUCGGCGGAACCUGCUUUCGGGGGCGAGGCCAGCGAGCACGAAGUCUUUGCAGCGAUUCCGCUCUCUCUCCGGCUCACGAGCAAGACCGUGAAGCAUCGCGUCCAUGGAUGCGAAGAACUCCUGCAACGCUUUGUCACCCAGCCCGAGAAGAGCUCCGAGACGUUUGCUGCCAACCUUCAGGGCGCGACACUCGAGAGGCUGCUGAAAGACAGCAAUCCCCUCGUUCUCUCCAAAGUGGUGGACUUCAUGCUCGCGUACGUGCGUGCCGUCGCGGGCGCCGGCCGAGUCGCGCUUUCGGCAGAGCGCGCCGUCAGCCUCCUGCAGGCGGUCGCCCCGCCGACUCUCCAGAACGUGUUGGCGAAUCCGCGUCUCGCGCCACAAGCCGGCGAGUUCCUCUCCCUCCUCGCGGCGGUGCAUCCGGAGGCGCUAAGCUGUUUGAUGUCCCUCGUGAUCGCUGCGAACGCAAAGCUGCUGGCCGAGAAGAAGGGAAACGUCGCGCUGCUCAAGGGCGCAGCGAUCAAGCAGCUGACAGCUGCGCUCCAGCUCCUGCAGACGCUCGUCGAGGACUUUGGCGUGCCGGCGAUCAACGCCGCCGGCGGCCUGAAGCUGCUCCUGGAGAAGAGCGUCGGACCCUUCUGCUGCGUCAGCGACAAGAAGGUCCGCGGUGUCUGUACAGCGCUCGCGGCGCAUGCAGUCUGGCUAGCUGGCGCCUCGGAGGCGGCGAAGAAACUCGCGACGGACGCCGUGAAGAACAGCAAAGCGAUGCAAACAGACGUCCUGGCGCUUCUCGAGGCGAAAGACUCCGAGGCGCAGCGCGACAAGCCGAAGCGGGUCUUUCGGCUCGGCGCAAGCGCGGAGGCGCCCGACGGCGAAGGCGUUCCGAGCAGAAAGGGAGAGGACCGCGACGGCGAGGUCGUGCUUGCUGAGGAGACAGACGUGCUGAAACUCGUCUGCCAGCAGGGCGACUGGACCCAGCGCGUGACCGAGGGGAAGCAGAAGAAAGCCGCGGGAAACAACGCGCCGGAGCCCAGCGAAAACGAACUGCCCUGGAAAGUCAAAAUGCAGGCCUGGCAACAACUGGAAGAGGCUCUUCGCGACUGUGUUUGCAUGGCGAAGAAGAACCCUUUCCUGCCGUCGCUUCUCUCGCUUGUCCAUCGCUGCCUCACUCUCGAACCGACUCUCCCCGUCGUCAGCUGCUGUCUGCGCGUCCUCCAGCAUCUCGUUCGCCAUCUGUUGUCUGAUCUUUCAGCCGCCUCUUUCGCGUCUUUUUCUUCUGCCGGAUCCUCUUCGCCGCCGCAGCAGCUGCGGGUGUUGCUGCCCGGCGUAGCUGCCAAGUUGAAAGUGAACAAUCGCCAAGUGCAGGUUGCGGCGACGAGCUGUCUAGGUGCGUUUUUGCGGGCUCUGCCUCUCGACGUCGCGUGCGCAGAGCUCCUGCCGAUGAAGGAGAAACUGGCCGGGUACCGCCAGGCACUCCUCGAGGCGCUCGCCGCUGCGGUUCCCGCCGAGACGGAAAACGAGGAACCGCGUCUCGCCGCGCGGAAUCUCGCGUUCUGGCGAGCGACGCCUCUUCUGGUGCAGGCUGCGAAGGCCGGCGCCGACGACGGGGCGCCAGGUGUACGGACAGCUGCGCUGCAGCUGCUGGCGAAGAUCGGCGGCAAGGGAGAGGGCGGCGCAGCCGCCAUCUCGUCUGUGCUCGACGCGCUCCAAGACCAGAAACGCCAGCAAGUCCUUAAACUCAUGGCCGCGGUGCCGUCGUCCUCGUCUUCCGCCGCGUCCUCACCUUCGCCUCUGGCUGCUCUUUCUUCGGCUGUCACGGGCUGCCGCAAGCAACUCCGGCCCGCGAGGGUGCCUUCGUUGGCAAGCGGGAUCGAGCAGAGCCAGGCGGGUGCGGCGGCUUCCCGUUCUUCGCUCCGCGGGCCAGAGAAGGAGAAGCGAGCGAAAGGCGACGAAGACGAGCGGAGAGGCAGAGAGGAGAAGAUGAAGCCGUGCAAGACCGACGAGAAGAGACGACCCAGAGAGAGGAAAGAUAGCGACGCAGAGAACAAACAGCCCCUCUCGGCGCGAGGACGAGCUGACCCCGUUGCGUCACACCGGCCUCACACGGCUGGUGCUCACCGAGGCGCCUCUCCGUCCUCUUCUUCCUCGUGGUCUUCUCUCUCGUUUGCACUGUCCUGGGACGUGCCGGAUUGUCCGGUCAGUCUCGCGGAGGCCGAGCGCGUGGCGGAGCGAAUGUGGGAAGCAGAACUCCUUGCGGGAUUGCGGAGCCCAAACGGCUUGGCGAGAAGAGGCGCCUGCGAGCGUCUCGCCGAGUGGUGGCGGCGGCCUUGCGAAUGCCGUGCGUGCGCGAGAAAACUCGCAGCCAGCGAGGAGGCCAGCAGCGCGACCGAGCAGCAGGAAUGCAAAGAUCCUGAAGGCGAGAAAGAGUGUCUCCAGAGAACCAAGUCGCAGUACGCUGUCCAUUUGAUUCUGUUUAUGCGCGUGAGUGUGGCGAACUUCCGGGAGAAGUCGCUCGCAGUGCAGGAGGCGGUUCUCGCUUGCCUCGCGGCAGCAGUGGAAAGCCUCACCCUUUCUGGCAAGCCCCGCACGCCAGAGGAGAAAGAAGAGACGCCGUUGACGAUCACCUCCGCAUUUGACGUUCAAAAUCCGAAGCCGGAGAAAGCCGAAACGAAACGACGCCCCGUCCACCCCUCGCUCGCGGCUCUUAUUGUUGCACCACUCGUGGACAAGAUUGGAGAUCCGCGCGUGGGGAGCAAAGUCCAGACGUUGUGCCUCUCUCUCGCGGAAGUUUUCUCGUCUCCGCUGCCGGUGGCUGCCUCGCUGAUUGAGGCCGCCGAAGGCAACUUGGUCGUCUCUCUCCCAGUGUCUCCGGGUGUCCCCUCCACGGUCCGAAGCGGCUCGCUGGAGAAGCGGCAGGAGAGACAGGGCGACUUAUGGCCAGACGAGCGAAGGCGAGAAGGCUUCCCGCUGAAGAAGAGCGGAGAGACAGGCGCAUGCACGGCGCGAAUUGGCGAGAGACCGAGAGUGGGGUGCGCCAGUGCAAUCGGCGGCGCAACGGGACGCGCGUGUCAGGCGCUCUGCGCCGUGCUCGAGAGACUCGUGCACGACUGGGGCUAUGAAAAACUCACCCCCGUAAAAACGCUCGUUCUCUUCGCCAGGCAAAUCAUCGACGGGCAAAAGGCGACGGCAGCGCAAGCAAACCGCUCCGGAGGCAUGCGACUGAUGGCCGAGUUGUGUGCUCAGCUGGGGGAGAAGAAUCUGCACAGCAUCCUGCUGUCUCAGCCUCUCCCGGACGACCUCCGAACGGCAGUCAAGCACCUGGCUGAAUCUCUCUCGAGGCAGUCGCCUUCUUCGAACCGGAGUCCACUUGGUGCCCCUCACCAGGCCACUUCUUCUGUCGCUCCUGUAUCCCUCGUCGAGCGCGCGAUGCAGUGUUUUUCUUCUGGAGCAGCUUUCGUCGCCUCAGCAGUUGGCGAGAUCGCCGGUCCGGGUUCCGAGCUGUACCUACACCGGGCGAGGAAGCCGGUUUCUGUCGCCCCCCUCCUCACUCAAGAGUGCCUAGGGGUUUUGCAGUCGAGUCAGAAGAAGCCUUUUGGCGAGAAGAAGGGACAAGCGGCGAAAGACGAAAAGGAGGAGGUGGCGGCGCUCAAGGAGUGCAUCCGCGUGAUCGCCGUCGAGGGCGGAGGCUGCAUCAAAGCAGAAGGCUUGAGCACACUGGUCCCCAUCCUGCGCUCGAAGGUCGGAGACCCGCGCCCCGCAGUCUCUCGCUUCGCCCUGCUGCUCGCCUCUGCAGUCUGCGACGCGUUGGCAAAGCAGCCAGGCCAAUGCAAGGACGAAGAGGAAAGGCGGACAGAGACAGGGCAGGAAUGCGGAACAGAGACGGGAGCAGGGGACGCAGAGCGAACGCGGGGGGAGAACAAACGGCCAAGCCGCGGAUGCCACCUGUACAAGGACAGUCUUCUUCCUGCGAUCUUUGAUCGGCUGCACGGCACCGACCGAAGGGUCCGUCUCGCCAGUGCGCACUCCUGUCUGGGUGGUUCUUCCUGUCUUGUCUUUCCGGGUGUCCACGCGUUUUCUGGUUUCUCCGAGCUCUAUUAUCUUCAGACGGUCGAGCUGGCGCACAUCGCGACGCUCAAAUGGCUCCAGGCGAUCGGCCCUGAAGAAGCGGUUCCCCUUCUCCUCCCCUGCCUCGAACGGGCCCUCUCUGCUCUCCCUCGCAGUGCAAGUUUCUCUGGACGUCUCGGCUCCUCUUCUCCCCGCGUUCUCUCUUCUCUUUCUUUUUCGCUCUCGUCGUCGGUUUCUUCUUCCCUUGCGUCGUCGGUUUCUUCUUCGCUCUCGUCGUCGGUUUCUUCUUCCCUUUCGUCGUCGGUUUCUUCUUCGCUCUCGUCAGUUCCCGCUAGAGAGGCAGACUCUGCGGACGGGCUCGGCCGGAAGGUCGGGGAGGCACUUAUCGCUCUUCUCGUCGCGAGUCGCUUUUCCUUCGGCGCUUCCGCGGGCGUGUCGGAGGCGCAUGCAGCGACUCUCUCGCGUCGCCUGCUGCCGCUGCUCUUCAGUCUUCUUCGUGCGGCGCUGAAAGCUCGUGAGAGCAGCCGGGACGCGCGGGAGUCGAGCCGCGCCGCGGAAGUCGUGGACCUCCUAGAGGCGCUGAUUGCGCAGGUGGAGCGACACCUGGGCGACGCAGCCGCCGCGGGCGUCGAGGCGGAGAAACAGAAAAUCCGCGCCUGGGAAGCUGUGUGCGCCUCAGAGAGAGCGAGCGACGCGCGAGAACGCGCAGAGGAACACACGCCUCUUGGAGAGCCGCGCCUGAGGUCGGGUGGGGAAGCGAGCGACGUGGAGGUUCGGAUGGAGGAGGCCGGAGACGUGCAGGGUGAGAAGGGCGGCGACCGGGGAGACCAGGGCGGCGAGAAAGAGGUCGCCUGUGUCCCGGGGGCCGUCGCAGAGAGCUCGCCCACUUUUCCCCGCGGUCUCGCGCCGCCUUCUCAGGACCUCCCUUCCUCUCCAUCGCUGUCUCUCCCCCCCUCGCUCCCUCCCUCUUCUUGCUUUUCUCUGGGGGGCGUGCGCGAGUGUCGCUACACGGUGGCGGCACCGCUAGUGGUUUUGGGUGUUCUUCUACAGACGCUCCAGUCGCUCCACUUGCGUCUGAGUUUGACUGACCAGCAGGCGGCUUCUGCGCUCCUCCUCGAUCUCCGCUCGCAAGCGGCUCUCCACGAAGUUUUGCAGGGGAAGAAAGCGACAGAGAGAAGAGAGAAGGGCGAGCGGCGGAAGUCGGUCUCGUCGCCCCUUCGAGUGCCGUCUUCGGGGCGCGAGAGCUGGCCAACUGGAGCCGCCUUUGUCCAGGAAAAACACCAAACAGUGAUUCGUGAGCUCCUUCUCCUCCUCGCGACUGUGGCGGGAGAACCCGCGGCGCUCGUCUGUACGCUGCACAGACAGCUGGCGAAAACCAAGAACCGAAAUCUCGUGUAUGACGUUCUGGAAGCAGUUUGCGUGGCGCUGGAACACCACCUGCGUCUCGCCUCGCCCUUUGCACUCUCGGUUCGCGAGAAAGUCGAGAAGGGGGCGACGUGGGAGAAAUGGGAGAAAUCGUCGCUGGCGCUUUCCUUCUCUGCGGUAGAGCUCUCCUCCACUUUCCCCGCCUAUGCAGCCGCCCAGGCGCAGUUCGCCGAGUUCCUGCUGGGGCAAAUGGUUCCGCGCAUCUGUCAGAUCCUCACGGGUCCGGUGCUUGUCGAAGACAAAGAACGGAGAGAAGGCGAGCGUCUCUCGCUGAAGGAAAUCGCCCUCAAAGCUCUCGCUCUCUGCAACUCAGUGACCAAGGGAGGCGUCCUCAACGCGUCGUCUCUGCAUUUGACGGCAGAGCUCCGCAGCCGCCUCUGCGAGCUUGGCAAGUCCCUUGCGUCGGCUGUCGCUCCUCUCUCGUGUUUUCCCCUUCCUCCUCACGAGCGCUGUUCCGACUACGUCUUCGCCGCUCCGGUCCCCGUGGCGCUUUCGCUGCCUGUCUCUCAGCGAAGGACGGACUCCUCUCGGGUGUCCUCGUCUCUGGAGAGGCUGGGGCGUGGGGAGAAGGGAGGCGACGGCAGUACGAGCCUCGCGCGAGAGCGAAGUCGCGGGGCGAGCAGAGAGAAACUCGCGCAGCCGAAACGCGCAGACGGCGCCCCACCAGGAAAGGAGAAACCGGAUACUGCGACGAAAAACGAGCAAAGAGAAAGCGCGCAGGCGCUGGAGCCGCCGGCGCUCGCGGGCGCUCAAGAUCUCGCAGAAAAAGAAGCGACGGGGAAGACUCCGAAGCAGGAAGCCGAACCAGAAGAAAGGAAGAGAGAGGCCGCACAAGGCGAAGGCGCGAGAGGGAAAGACGACUUCGAUUUCCUGGACACUGGACUGCAGAACCUGAUCCGCGAACGAAGACAGGAACAGCAGGCGUUAGUGGACACCAUGAGAGAGACGGACAGGCAGACCACGGCUCUCAGGUCUGGUGCAGCCUUCGAGCCCGUCUUGGCGCAAGUCCAGGAAGCGAAAGAGGCUGCCGAAGCGUGUUUCUCUUCGCUGCAGACGGCGCACCGGGAACAGAGCGUGAAGGCUUUGGGUUCGAUCGCUGCACAGCAAAUGCGGGCAGAGGAGGCGCACGCAAAUUGCCACUGUCUCCCCUGCUUCCUCCCCGCCUCGUCUGCGCCGGCCGCGGCGCCCGGGGUCGACCCUGAGGGCCCCCUCGAGAAGCUGCCGAGAUCCUUCUCGCUUCUUCACCGCCCCGCGGGGCGCGAAGAGAAAACGGACGAGGGCCUUGUCGGGGCCGUUGUGUCGAUGGUCAAGUUGUGGUGCGGCGAGCUGUACGAGAAGGACGUAGUUCGACUGGAGCGAGCGGCGCACUGCUUGCUCUAUCUCUUCACAAACAUCCCUCUCGAUCCGACCACGACGCGCGCGUGCGCGGACUUCUCUGUGGACUCCGGCUCGCCGCUCACCUUCCCUUCCCUCGCUUCCCUUCGGCGCGAAGAAGAGAACUGGGGACCGCGAGACGGCGACGCUUCUCGGGCGUUGCCGCUGUGUGCCGUCGUCGAGCAGCUUUUCGCUUCGCGCGCUGCCAAGGCCCAAGCGAACAGCCCAGUCGCUGCCACGUCGUCCUCUGGAGCGUUUCUGGCGGGAUUGUCGGCGGAGGCCGACGCGGUCCUUUUUCACGCGGAAGCGUCUUCUCUGGUCUCCUCCGUUCUCUUUGAAAGCCUGCUUCACGGGUUGGACAACAUUUUCAAUCCGGCCUUCUUCGACGGGUCGACUUCCGUGGCGAUCGCAAGUUUCCACACGAUACUGUCUCUUCUGUUGCUUCUCGAGGUCCUCCUCCGGAAGCUGCUGGCGCCGAGCAAGGCGCCAGAGCCGCCCUCGUCCUCCGCGAAGGCAUCUGCGCGAGAGGCGCCGCGCGCGCUGCUCCAGUGGAAGCCUCUGGAAGUCUCUGGAGCGGCGCCCGGAGAAGACGGGGAAGAAGGAACGGCGGGAGGAAGCGAAGGGGCAAGUGCCGAACUCCUCGGGCCGACGGCGAUGGCCCGCGCAUGCAAACAACUGCUUCUGUGCAUGUCCAGGUACCAAGCCUUCGUCUAUAAAGCGGCAGCGCCCGCCGCCAAAGAGCUGCUGUUGCCGCGCCUCCUCGUCACCACGCUGCUGAAUCAGUGCCUCGGAAAAAACAUGCUGCGCGGCUCUCUGCCCUCGCUGACCAGUCUCGUCGCCUUUGUGUUCACACUUGCCGGAGAGCAGAUGCACGGCAUGUACCCGGACCUAAAUGCGGACACGUCUUGGCGGUUCCUCUCCAAGAUCCACAGACGCGUCACGACGAAACUCCUAGACGCAAAAUGGGACGGGGCCUCGCGGAACGGCUGUGAGUGGUCGAGCAAAGAAUCGCGCGAGGAAAGCCUCGCAGAAGGAAAAGUGCUCUCGGAGCGAAAACGACUCCAGCAGGUCAUUCCCCAGGACCACCUUCUUCAGCUUGUCCACGCCGUCCUCUCGAGUUGGUUUAUUCUUGAAGGGCGCCAUGAGGCUGCAGUGGUGACGCUCCAGCAGAGACAGAAACUGGUCGAGGACGAGACGCAGAAAGCCGAGACAGGGCGGGCGCCAGCAGGGCGCAGCCGGAGCGGCUUUGCGAGUUUCGUCGAGAAACAACGGUCUCUCGCCUUCAUCUACUUCCGUCUGUUCAUGCACACGCUCGUGCGUUUUUGCUCGGAAGCCCUGGGGAAAUAUCUGCUGGCGCAGAGAAUUUCCUCGACGUCGGUGCAAGGAAAGCGACUGGAAACUCUUCUCUCCAGCGCCGAUCCGCUCUCCUCAGCGGGGGCCCCGACAGCCUUCGCCGCCCUCGAAGCAGCAGUAAAGGGAGCGUCCGAGGCGCGGGAGGGCCUCCGCGGCUUCAGCUGCAGCGCAUGCAUUGCACUGGCACGGCGGGCAGAGGAAGGCAAGGACGUUUUGGAGAAAGAGGACGAGGUCCAGGAAGGCGACAAGAAGAAGAGGACACUGUCUUCCGAAAGCGAGGAGACGACGGGGAGUCUGGCGCCGCGAGAGCGGAAAGAGCGGCGAACCGGAGAGGAGGGACGGCGAGAAAAGAGGCUGUGCUUUGGAGAAGAAGUCAAGACGUUCGUUGCGUCCGCUGUCGAUGCGGAGCAAGCGAAGCUAGCCGAGCUGAUGAAGCGGCGCCUCAUCGCGCCUCUCCAGGAUCCGCUCGCACAUGUGGGCGACGGUGAUGCAGCGCCAGAGACCGCGUCGGCCCUGCAUCUCCUUCGCUCGCGUUUCCGAAACGCCUUCUGUCUCGUCGCGCAGCAGCCGUUCGACACCGCAGACGACCUCUCUCUGCAGCCGUACUUGAGCGACAUUCGCGCGCGCCUCUGUCGAGCGCAAGUGGACCUCGAGCAGCAAGAUGUCUUGUGUGCUGCCGAUUCGGGGAGUGACGGCGCGAGGCUCUUUGGGAGAGGCCAGACCAGUGCGAAGACUUGGAGAGACCGGCUCGUCGAUUUCCUCACACGGUCGGUCGCUCUCAUGGACGUCUUUCCAGUGCCCGACCAAGGGCGCGGCAGAACAGGGUGCGCGUGGGCAGCUGGCCCAGCUUGCGUCGGUCUCUUGAGUGUGGAAAACGUGGAAGGCCGAAGCGGCGAGGAGGUACAGGGUGGAGAGCAAGUCGCGCGCGGCGCGUCCCGAGGAGACAGUCACUGGGCGGCGUCCUUUCCCUCGGGAAAGCGAUGGGUGAAUCUCGACGCCGUUGCGAAUAUGUUCAAAAUCGAAGUCCCUCAAUUCGGUCGGGGCGGCGGAGACACGAAACGACCAGAGAGCGGACCCGAUAGGAGACCAGGUCUGCUUGCGGGGAAGCACGAGGCCCGUGAAGGCCGUUCCGGCGCCGUGUUGACUCAAGAGGUCAGGAGACAUGGAGAGGCCGGCGCUGGCCCUCGAGCUCGCGAAGACCCCGUGGAGCGGGAAAAACUGUCGAGAGAGGAGGAAGGGAGAGCUCACGAGAAGAGACACUCGAAGGAAGAGACAGACGACGCGGGAGCGAAGGCGUGCAGCCAAGCCGCCUUGGGAACGCAUGGCAGAGAACCUCCGUCGCGACACGACAGCUCCGUGCUUGCGGGAAUAGCGGGAGGCGGCGGAGUUGAGGCGUCGAAUGCCGCGUCUGCCAGUGCGGCAGAAAGGCUUGGACAGCCUGAUCCGCACCGUUCGGAGACGCACGUGCACGAGACAAUCUCUCAGCAGUUCACGCGAGAGACCACGCGGGUGACCCAAGAAACCUUCGACCCCAGGCAACCGAAA